AUGUCUCUUGCAGGACACCAGAAGCAGUUGUUAUUUACAACUGCAGUAGUCCUGGGAGUUUUACUUGUUGCAUUUGUCAAUGAUGUUGACAGUCGAAGUCAAUAUAAAGACAAACCUGAAGAGUCAGAAAAAUCUCAAUUACCACCAGUGCACAAAGAUAUGAAAUUGGUGCGCAAGAACUCUCUUCUCCAUUCAGCAUGGGUUAUCAUUGCAAUAGUGUUAACGAUUAUAUUUGGUGCCAUAGCCGUUUAUUACUGGGUACUGUUUUAUCCGAUUCUGUGCAAGAAAGAGCGCAAGUAUGACGUCAUGCAAAUGUCUGCCAAACCAUAA